AUGAAUAAUCAAACGAGUAAUACAUCAUUUUCAUUAAAUGGUCAAUGUUUUAUUAGUCAAAUUCAACGUAGUAUAACUAUACCUGUUUUAAUCAUAUUCGCACUACCAUCAGUGGUCUGUUUUCUCAUAAUAUUUUAUUAUUUUAUUCGACAACGUAAACCAUUGCUUGUUGAUCGUAUCAAUCAUCACGUUAUUUUAUUGAUAUUGAUCUUUGAUUUUUUAUUAAUUACGACUGAAUUACCAUUUACAUUGUCGUAUCUUGCAUUAGGAUAUGCUCAAACAUCAAAAAUAUGUACAUUUUGGGUCUAUUGGGAUUAUAUACUUGAAACAACAUCUCUAUUUUUAACUAUGUAUGCAUCUGUUGAACGUUAUCUACUGGUAUUCCAUAAAAAUAGUUUUUUAAAACGAAAAGUAUUAUUCCAUUUUAUUCCAAUGAGUAUUGCUACUCUCUACAUUCCUAUUCUCUAUUUGUAUUUGAUCGUUCUUUCUCCAUGUGUACGUAAUUAUCAAUAUGAUUUAACAGCAUUUACUUGUGGUGGUGCAUGCUUUUUUGCCGAGACCUCGGUUAAUACAUAUGACACCAUUGUUGACACCAUGUUGCCCUGUUUUAUUGUAUUAAUUUUUAAUCUACUAAUGAUUGUUCGUGUUGUCAUCCUGAAACGAAAAGUAGCUACAUCAGUACCGAUCUCCGAUACAUUGAGACGAAAUCGCCGAAUGAUCGCCCAAUUAUUAGCCAUCAGUUUAAUGUGUUUAAUAGCUUGGAUGCCUUGGGUUGUAAUAAUUAUUGCACAAAAUGUUUUCGAUCCAUCUUUUGGUACCUGGUUUAUUACUUACAUUCUUCAUUAUUUACCAUAUUUAACAUCUUCCGUAUCACCAUUUUUAGCCUUGAUCGGUUUACCAGAGGUCAGACAAGGACUGAAGAUACUGAAGAAACAAACGAUAACUACUAAAACUACUACUGUUUCAGCUCCAGUACAUGAAAUGUCAAAAACAGCAGAAAAACGAAAUGACCCCAACACGACUAGCUUUGAAUUGAAAACUAUUGAACAUGAUGAAAUCAAUGUUCAAACCACCUAA